UUGUGAGACCAGUGAAGUGUCAGCCGGGUCCAUUUCGCCGCUUCUCCGCCCGCCCGGCUGGUGGUGGCUCUUUUUUUUUGGAUCUCACGGCAAUGGCGGAACAGCAGCAGUUUUACCUCUUGCUGGGUAAUCUUAUGAGUGCUGACAACAACGUCAGGAAACAAGCAGAGGAGACCUAUGACACGAUCCCGGGACCGAACAAGAUCACAUUCCUGCUGCAGGCCGUCAGAGAUGCAUCAGCUGCAGAGGAGGUCAGACAAAUGGCGGCAGUGUUGUUGCGGCGGCUGCUGUCGUCGUCCUUUGAGGAGAUCUAUCCAGGUCUGACGCUGGAGAUGCAGACGGCCAUCAAGGCGGAGCUGCUGACCAGCAUCCAGCAAGCGAACUCUCCGAACAUUCGCAAGAAGGUCUGCGACAUUGCAGCUGAGCUCUGCCGCAACUUGAUCGAUGAUGAUGGGAACAACCAGUGGCCAGAGCUGCUCAAGUUCCUGUUCGACUCUGUGAACUCUGACAACGUUGCCCUGCGAGAAGCUGCCCUGCACAUAUUCUGGAACUUUCCAGGAAUCUUUGGCAACCAGCAGCAGCAUUAUCUGGAGGUUAUCAAACGUAUGCUUGUUCAGUGUAUGCAGGAUCAAGCAAACCCACAGAUCCGCACCCUGGCAGCUCGAGCCGCAGCGUCCUUUGUUUUGUCAAAUGAAAGCAACACCGCUCUGCUGAAGCAUUUCGCUGACUUGCUGCCUGGAAUUUUGCAGGCUGUGAACGAGUCGUGUUAUCAGGGAGACGACUCUGUGCUCAAGUCUUUAGUGGAAAUCGCAGACACGGCACCCAAAUACCUGCGACCAAACCUGGAGGCGACGCUGCAGCUGUGUCUGAAGUUGUGCGCCGACUCGAACUUGACGAACAUGCAGAGGCAGUUGGCGCUGGAGGUCAUCGUCACGUUGUCCGAGACGGCGGCGGCCAUGCUGAGGAAACACACGGCCAUCGUAGCUCAGAGCGUGCCCCAGAUGUUGACUAUGAUGGUGGACCUGGAGGACGAUGAGGAGUGGGCGCAGGUUGAUGAGCUGGAGGAUGAUGACUUCGACAGUAACGCUGUGGCCGGUGAGAGCGCCCUCGACAGAAUCGCCUGUGGUUUGGGAGGAAAAAUCAUUUUGCCCAUGAUUAAACAACACAUCAUGCAGAUGCUGCAGAACCCUGACUGGAAGUACCGCCAUGCUGGGCUGAUGGCGCUGUCUGCAAUCGGCGAGGGUUGCCACCAGCAGAUGGAGGCCAUUCUCCAAGAAAUCGUCAGCUUUGUCCUCCUGUUCUGCUCCGACCCUCACCCGAGGGUGCGCUAUGCUGCCUGUAAUGCCAUUGGACAGAUGGCCACAGACUUCGCUCCAACCUUUCAAAAGAAAUUUCACGACAAGGUCAUCUCAGCCCUGCUCCAGACGAUGGAGGACCAGAGUAACCCUCGGGUGCAGGCACAUGCUGCUGCCGCUCUCAUCAAUUUCACAGAGGACUGUCCCAAAUCCCUGCUCAUCCCUUACCUGGAYAGCUUGGUGCAGCACCUUCAUGUCAUCAUGGUCGCCAAGUUGCAGGAGCUGAUCCAGAAGGGAACCAAACUGGUCCUGGAGCAGGUGGUGACGUCCAUCGCCUCUGUGGCCGACACGGCCGAGGAGAAGUUUGUGCCGUACUACGACCUGUUCAUGCCCUCCCUCAAACACAUCGUAGAAAACGCCGUGCAGAAGGAGCUCCGGCUGCUUCGAGGGAAAACCAUCGAGUGCAUCAGUCUAAUCGGCCUGGCUGUCGGCAAGGAUAAGUUCAUGCCAGAUGCCUCUGCAGUGAUGCAGCUGCUCCUCAAAACCCAGACGGACUUCAACGACYUGGAGGACGAUGAUCCUCAGAUCUCAUACAUGAUAUCAGCCUGGGCCAGGAUGUGCAAGAUCCUGGGGAAGGAGUUYCAACAGUACCUGCCCGUGGUGAUGGGUCCCUUAAUGAAGACCGCCUCCAUCAAGCCUGAGGUGGCUCUGCUCGACACUCAGGACAUGGAGAACAUAUCAGAGGAUGAAGGAUGGGAGUUUGUAAACCUGGGAGACCAGCAGAGUUUUGGGAUUAAGACAGCCGGCCUGGAGGAGAAGGCCACAGCCUGYCAGAUGCUGGUUUGCUAUGCCAAAGAGCUAAAGGAGGGUUUUGUGGAGUACACCGAGCAGGUGGUGAAGCUGAUGGUUCCUCUGCUGAAGUUUUACUUCCACGAUGGUGUGCGAGUGGCAGCAGCCGAAUCAAUGCCCCUGCUGCUGGAGUGCGCUCGGGUCCGAGGACCGGAGUACCUGACCCAGAUGUGGCACUUCAUGUGCGACGCCCUCAUCAAGGCCAUCGGCACAGAGCCCGACUCGGACGUUCUGUCAGAGAUCAUGCACUCUUUCGCCAAGUGCAUUGAGCUGAUGGGAGACGGCUGUCUGAACAACGAGCAUUUUGAGGAGCUGGGCGGCAUCCUUAAAGGGAAGCUGGAGGAGCACUUUAAAAACCAGGAGCUAAGACAGGCAAAGAGACAGGAUGAAGAUUACGAUGAGCAAGUGGAGGAAACACUACAAGAUGAGGACGAGAAUGAYGUGUACAUCCUGACCAAGGUGUCGGACAUCUUGCACUCGGUGUUCAGCAGCUAUAAAGAAAAAGUGCUUCCUUGGUUUGAGCAGCUGCUGCAGCUCAUCGUCCAGCUYAUAUGUCCUAACAGACCAUGGGCAGACAGACAGUGGGGUUUGUGCAUUUUUGAUGACGUCGUAGAACACUGCAGCCCCUCCUCCUUCAAAUAUGCAGAGUACUUCCUGAGGCCRAUGCUGCAGUCUCUCUGUGACUCCAGCCCAGAGGUUCGGCAGGCGGCUGCUUAUGGCGUUGGGGUCAUGGCUCAGUUUGGAGGAGAGAAUUAUCGCCCUUUCUGCACAGAGGCUCUCCCCUUGCUGGUCGGAGUCAUCCAGGCAGCCGACUCGCGGUCGAAGGAGAACGUCAACGCCACAGAGAACUGCAUCUCUGCCGUCGGGAAGCUCGUGAGGUUCCGGCCCGAGUGCGUCAAUGCUAACGAGGUCCUUCCUCAUUGGCUCAGCUGGCUCCCGCUCAAAGAAGACAAAGAGGAGGCCGUCCAUACGUUUGACUUUCUGUGUGACCUCAUCGAAAGCAACAACCCCAUCGUCCUCGGACCAGACAACUCCAACCUUCCGAAAAUUUUCCACAUCAUAGCCGACGGGGUGGCAAACGAAUCUGUUAAAACUGAAGAUGCAUGCAGUAAGCGUCUCGCAAACGUUAUUCGUCAAGUACAGGUGUCUGCAGGGUUAUGGACUCAGUGUGUUUCAAUACUGAACGAGUCACAGCAGAAAGCCAUCCAGGAUCUACUGAAUACUGCCUGAACACCCUCCUCCCUCACUCUCCACACACACACACACACACACACACACACAUCUCCCUGCUUGAGGAAAAAAAUCCCAUGAAGAAAAGUUGAGUUCCUGGAUCUUGCACACACUCCCUUCUUCUUCCUCCUGCUCUGAUCAUGUAGCGUGUUUGGAUGCCGGCUUCAGCCCUCUCACCUGUACCUAGGUUAAGCUGAUGGAGGGGAGCAGGUUGGACACACACCUGGUGGACAUUGGCCAACCACUUCAAAGACUUGGAUUCUGUAAUUAAGGAAGUGGGAAGAAGAGUCACCCUGUCUAAUUAGUGCAACAUGUUUAUCUGGACUUUUUUUUUUCCCAAACCGUUCCCCAACGCUUGGCCCAGAGGAACUCUGAGUCGCCCAACUCAUUGGACUGUCAGGCCCGAGGGGGGAGGGGCUGCAGCGGGGGGGACUUUUUUUGUGGACUGAGCUGCUAAAAGAGGUGCAAGUGCACACUGGGCUACACUGCCUGUCUCCUGUGAAUUUUUUUUAAUUUUAUUUUGUUUCAUGUUCUCAGUGCUACCUGGGGAGGUUGUGGCAUCUGUCCGCCACAGUUCAGGGGGUAGGAUUUAACAUAACGGCAUGUUUCAGUGGCUAACUCUAGAAAAUAUACAUACUGUAGUUAGAUUUACAUUAACRUUGCCUGGGAGGGUUGAUCUAAGAAUCAUUUCCUUUGUAGCUUUCCAAACGGAGGGUCGCAGGAAGUGAAACUGUUCCACGGCCCGUUUUCUUAUUUUAGGAAGCAGCUGAAGGACAAAGACUGUAACCUGCAGUCGCUCACAGCCUCAAAGUGUGACAGGUCAGAGAUACGUGAUUGUAAAGAGCGCUACCUUUAAACACAACAUCAUGAUUUUUAACCCUUUGGAGUWGGUCCUGCAGACAUGAAAAGGAAUUCCAAAAACAAUCACCAACAAUAAAAUAACAUUUGAGAAUUC